AUGUCUCAUACACUCCACAUACAUCCAAAGGACUUUCGGGGUGAGCUCAAAGUCUCGAUUGAGAAACAACUGAAAGAACAAGUAGAAGGAACCUGCUCUGGUCGAUAUGGCUACAUCAUCAUGGUACAGGAGAUACACGAAAUAGGCGCUGGUGUCCUAGUCCCAGCUACAGGUUUUGCUGAAUUCCGAAUACCGUAUACCGCUCUUCUACUCAAACCAUUCAAGAAUGAAGUCGUUGAUGGAGUUGUCACUAAUGUGAACAAGAAUGGAUUCUUUAUGGAGAUCGGUCCUUUGAACAUAUUCGUGUCUGAGCUGCAUAUUCCGAAAAGCUACCAGCUGGAUAAUUCAACAACCACUUCAGUCUACAAGAAUCCUGAUGGCGAGAUUAUUGGGCCUGGAAGUGCAGUUCGAGCGAGAAUCAUUGGUACCCGUGUCGACCAAAACGACAUUUUUGGUGUGGGUGCCAUUGAUGAAGAAUACUUGGGAUUGCAGACACGGCAGAAUCAGGCUCGGCCGUCGAAAAAGGAUGAUAGGAGAUACGAUGACAUGUUUUGA